AGGUCAUGAGCUGAGCUGCUGAGAUCAUGGAGCCUGCGCCGAGGUCGGACAGGGUACUGAUGGGACUUUACAGUGAUGGAGAGGCACCUGUACGAAUCCAUGAUGUCCUGCACUGUAGCUGAAAUUACAAGACCACUGACCUGUGUGUCUGCGAGACCUGUUGCCAACAGUGACUGCUGCUUUCCUCAAAUAGGACUAAAUAAAAGUCAGCCUCAAGCGCUAAACAAUCAGUCAUGGACAGGUGAACACUGAGAGGCCAGUACGUGGCCUUUACUUACUCUGUUAUCCACAAAGGACAUGAGCAUUUUCUCAGCUUUAACAGUUUCUUUUCAGAUGUUGUAUUUUGCCAUGUAAAAAAAAAGAAGAUGCCUUUAAAUAUUAGAGCCAAGCCCACACAGAGCAAGCUUUCUGCUGCUGCAAAAGGUAGUGGGCACACCGAUGGCAGCUCAUCUCAUUCACGCUUCUCAAGGUCCCCUAAACACGGGAAAGGCAAACAGGCUGUAAGCUCAGCACCAGGGGCCCGUUCAGGGUUAGAGCCAGGCUCUGUGUCAGGAGGUGUGCCUGCAACACCAUCUAAACUGACGGGGGGACAAGGGUCAGUGUCAAGGCCAGGUUCAAAAAUCAAAGCUGAGCCAGAAGCAGGCAAAGGGUCAACGCGUGGUUCAGCGACAGCACCAGGGGGUAAAACCUUGUCUAUGGAGAAUAUUCAGUCUUUGAGUGCUGCAUAUGCCACAUCAGGUACUAUGUAUCCCAGUGAGCGGGAGUCCUUGGAACCCUCUGCCGGGUACCCCAAAGGCACCAUGACACUAGGUAGAAGUACCAGCCGCUCCUCCUACACUGGCCGGACGACAGCUACGGGAAGCAGCCCAAACAUCACAUCUUCUGGGAUGCAUCACUUGUCAGAUCCUUGUGGAGACCAGAGUUUUGUCUCUGGAGGAACUUCUAGUUUACGGCGGCAGUCUGGAAGACUCACACAGAUAAUGAAUUCGACUGGACGUGGAGAGGUUUCCACAUUUGAUCUCCAUUCUCAGCUGAGGGAUCUGCAGAGAGAGAACAACAACCUGCGAAGAGAACUGGAAGGAGGUAGGGAUGGAAGGACAGGCCCCAGCAUGAACAGCGUCAACUUUUGGAGCCCAGAUGUAAAGAGAGAAAAGGGCGUGAGGCGAGAGGAGGCAGCGAGGAGCUCCACUGUGAAAGACCAGUACAGGACAAACCAAGAAGAUCUGCAGCCUGGGAACAACAGAAGAAACAAGCAGCUUCCUUUAACAGUUCAGGAGCUUCAGGAGGAGCUGCGAGCUCAUAGAGAGAUGAACAGUCGCUCCCAGCAGCACCGUCAGCAGGGGAACUCCUAUCGAGAGCUCCAUAUGGACCAGGACCUCAGAGGGGGACUCAGCCCUGGCCACAGUCCCAGACAAAGCCCCAGCAACCUGCAGAGUCCUGGACCAAAGAGCAGCCCCAGAGCCAGCCCAUCCAACACCUACAAUCCAAGGCAACAGGAAGCUGACAUCAUCAUUCACAGCCCUGGAUACGGCUGUAACACUGCAGUAGCCGCACAAAGAACCAGCCCAGCUGACACCCUUCAGCGUGGGCUGAGGAGCAGCCCGAAUCCGCCUCUCUACAGUCCUAGCCACGGUCCCGGGAUUGUACCCAGCUCUGGUUCUCUUCACCCUUGUAGUCCCUGUCAGGUGCCUGGGUGUGACGGCUUUUCCUCACCUCCUCCCCUGGCUCCAUCAGAGGAGAACUUCUUCCAACUGCAGUCAGAGCACGAGCGGCAGGCCAAGGAGCUAUCCCUGCUGAGGAAGACCAUGGAAGAGAUGGAGAUGAGGAUUGAUUCUCAGAAGCAGACGCUGGGCGCCCGGGACGAGAGCAUCCAGAGACUGUUAGAGAUGCUUCAAGGCCAAAGCCAAGGCCAAAGCCAAGGUCAAGGUCAGGGACACUGGGGACGGGGACAGCGGACAGGCAUAAUAACCAUGGCAGCUCAGGAGGCUGAAGCCCAGCUGGAGAACGUGCAUUUGAGAGAGGACACCAAGAUCUCUUCCCUGGAGAGGAACAUCAGAGACUUAGAGGAUGAAGUCCAGAUGCUAAAGACCAGCGGCCUGCUGCACUCUGAUGAGAGGCAGGACGAGCUCAAGCAGGUGGAGGUCUACAAGAGCCAUUCUAAAUUCAUGAAGACUAAGGUAGAUGCUCUGCGAGUGCGUUUGGAGGAGAAGGAGCAGUUCCUGACCAAGAAGACCAAACAGCUGCAGGACCUGACUGAUGAAAAGAGCACACUAACGGGAGAAAUCAGAGACAUGAAGGACAUGCUGGACGUCAAGGAGAGGAAGAUUAAUGUCUUGCAGAAAAAAAUUGAGAACCUGCUGGAACAGUUGAAGGACAAGGACAAACAGGUGGCUGGAUUGAGGGAAAGGGUUCAGGGCCUUCAAACCGACUCCAGCAACACAGACACGGCUCUGGCUACGCUGGAAGAAGCUUUAUCAGAAAAGGAGCGAGUGAUUGAAAACCUGCGGGAACAAAAGGACCGGGAGGACAGGGUUCGGCUGGAGGAGCUGGAGCAGCUGAGAAAGGAGAACCACGAAUUAAAAGACAAGCUGUCAGUCAUGCAACCCCAGAAACAGCCUCAGAACCAGCUCGGUAACCCCAGCCCAUCGCAGAACCAGAGACCAGAUGGAGAGGUGAAAACCAAAGUAGACGGGCCACCGGCAGUGAGCCCCACGAUCCAAACUACAGAGGAAGCAGUCAAGAUGUGUCCGGAUAUCACAGAUCGUCUGAGGGUCCUAGAGCAGGAAGUUGGCCGCUACAGAGAGGAAUCCAGGAAGUCACAAGCUGAAGUGGAGAGGCUGAUGGGAGCUUUAAAUGAUGCCGAGAUGGACAAAUCCUGCAAGGAGAAAAAAAUCUCUGAUCUUGAGAGACAUGGACAAAUCAAGUCUCCUCACAUCCAGAAGCAGACGGUGCCAGGUGAGAUGAGGAAAGACGCCCUGAUUGAUGGACAUCCUCACUCGUUAUCACAGCUGGAGGAGCUGAUGGGAGCUUUGGAGAAGACGCGCCAGGAGCUGGACGCCACGAAACUGCGUCUGUCCUCCACUCAGCAGUCGCUGCACGAACGAGACGGACAUCUGAACAGUCUGCGCCAGGAGAGACGAAAGCAGCUGGAGGAGAUUCUGGAGAUGAAGCAGCAGGCUUUGCUUGCAGCCAUCAGUGAAAAGGAUGCCAACAUCGCCCUGCUAGAAUUAUCCUCCUCCAAACGCAAGAAAGCCCAGGAGGAAGUGAUGGCUCUGAAGAGGGAGAAGGACAGGCUCAUGCACCAGCUCAAGCAGCAGACUCAAAGCAGAAUGAAGAUGAUUGCUGAUAACUACGAGGAAGAUUACAUCCAUCCCCAGCAUCACCCUCAUCAUUCGCACCACAUGCACCCAGCAAACGUCCAUCACCGGAGCUUGCCACGAGCGCCUCUCCACGCCAACCACCGACCCCCUGUGGAGCAGGAUGAUGAAGAGGGAAUAUGGGCAUGAUGACCACCAACAUGACCACCCACACCCGUUUCUCACACUCGUCGAAUCAGAUACCAGGCAUCAGCUGCAAGAACACAGAUGCACCGGCUCAUAUAUCCUUCACCGUCGUGACCACCAGACCUGAUUAAACACAGAUAUAAAUGCACACUCGAGCACCCACCAUUGCACUGGGAUUCUGGUGAAGUUUUCAAAUGGGCAGAAAUGAGUUAUUCUAGCAGCUGGUAUGCAGUGGCCCACAGAAGACCUGGGAACACUGUGUGUGCACCUCAUCAGAACAUCUGGCAUCAGUGUGGCAAGCGCUCCACUGCCUUCAUUUCUCCAGCUUUCUUCAGUUGGAAGCUGGAUUUGUUUUACAGUACCGUGGUGCUACAGAGUGCUGGCUUCUCAUCAACAACUGUUGACUAUGAGUGCGGCCGAGCUGAGCCAGAGGAACUCCUGCCAGCUCCAGACUCUUUUAUGGUAGCAUGAACAGUAUUCACGUUUGCAGCUAAAUAUCAGACUCGUGUAAAUAUGACAACACGGACCUUGUAAUCCAUGAUCCACAGAGACCUUCUCGAUGUAUUGUGCCAAAGGAGAUAUCUGCUGAGAUGCAUUACUGAAAUGACACUGCAACUGAGUGCUUUGUAAAACCACCCUUACCCAUCUCCCGUUUCCUGCAGAGAGAUCAGCACAAAAUGUUGAUGAUUAGCUUCCUUCUUUUCCAAGAACAGGCUCCUUAGUCCUGGGAGGGAAACACAGCUGACCUCAAAGCAGCCAACUUAUUAUAAGUCUGUAUACAUUUCUCCUUGUGUUCGUCUUGCCUCCCUUCACUGUUUAAUGAACCACUUUCAUGUUCUGUUUGAUUUUCUGCAGCUGAAACUAUUUGAGUGCCACUUUUCUUCUUCUUCUUUUUUAAAUAUCACAGAUUCACGUGACUUAUUGUUCUGAUUUCAGCGAGUGGUGUGUUAUGUUACUGUCUAUUGAUCUGUGAAUCUGACUGACGAAUCUGAUUAUAAUCAAGUGUCUUGCAUUAAUACUUUUUUCACUGUACUGGAGCUUGACCUGAUGUGAUGACGAUGUACAACUGCAGUUUGAUUUAGCAGCAUAGUGGUGUUUUCAUUUGGUUGUUACCUAAUAUGUACAGUUUUUGUAGUGUGUGUGUGUGUGUGUGUGUGUUCGUUGUGAUGAUAUGAACGUUUGGGGUGACAGCGGUCGCCCUUGACUUCCUCCACAGUGGUUUGCAGUGAUCAGCCUGUUUCUGUUGUUUGAAUAAAAUAUUGGUUUCACAAGAA